AUGCGAGGUUUUCGCUGAGGUUCUGAUUAUUCAUCAGUCGGUUGGUACGUUGGCACCAAAGACUGGAGCAGCUGACUCGGGAAGCACCCGUGUUGAACCCGCUUUAAUUUCAACCUGUUUAAAGGGAGCCAAACUGGCUGAAAUGGAUGAACAAAGUGUUGAGAGUAUUGCGGAAGUGUUUCGCUGCUUCAUCUGCAUGGAGAAAUUGAGGGACGCACGUCUCUGUCCCCACUGCUCCAAACUCUGCUGUUUCAGUUGUAUCCGGCGGUGGCUGACGGAGCAGAGAGCCCAAUGUCCCCACUGUCGGGCUCCAUUGCAGCUGAGGGAGCUGGUGAACUGUCGCUGGGCGGAGGAGGUGACCCAGCAGCUGGACACUCUGCAGCUCUGCAGCCUCUCCAAGCACGAGGAGAACGACAAGGACAAAUGUGAGAACCAUCUUGAGAAGUUGAGUGUUUUCUGUUGGACUUGUAAGAAGUGCAUCUGUCAUCAGUGUGCUCUGUGGGGUGGCAUGCAUGGUGGCCACACCUUUAAGCCCCUGGUUGAGAUCUAUGAGCAGCAUGUGACUAAGGUGAAUGAGGAGGUGGCCAAGCUCCGGCGUCGCCUCAUGGAACUCAUCAGUCUGGUGCAAGAAGUUGAGAGGAAUGUUGAGGCUGUGAGAGGGGCAAAAGAUGAACGUGUACGAGAGAUCCGUAAUGCAGUGGAAAUGAUGAUUGCACGUCUGGAUAACCAGCUCAAGAACAAGCUCAUUACUCUCAUGGGCCAGAAGACCUCCCUCACUCAAGAGACAGAGCUACUCGAGUCUCUUCUUCAAGAAGUGGAACAUCAGCUGCACUCCUGCAGCAAGAGUGAGCUGAUCUCCAAGAGCCCAGAGAUCCUGCUCAUGUUCCAACAGGUCCAUCGCAAACCUAUGCAGUCCUUUGUCACUACACCCGUUCCUCCUGAUUUCACCAGUGAGCUGGUUCCUGCUUAUGACUCCAGCACUUUUGUUCUUGCUAACUUCAGCACCCUGAGGCAGAGAGCAGACCCAGUGUAUAGCCCACCUCUCCAGAUUUCUGGACUCUGCUGGAGACUCAAAGUCUAUCCAGAUGGAAAUGGCGUGGUCCGUGGCAACUACCUGUCUGUGUUUUUGGAACUGUCUGCUGGACUCCCUGAAACAUCAAAGUAUGAAUAUCGUGUGGAGAUGGUCCACCAGGCCUCAAGUGACCCCACCAAGAACAUCAUACGGGAGUUUGCAUCAGACUUUGAGGUUGGAGAAUGCUGGGGCUACAACCGCUUUUUCAGGCUCGACCUCCUGGCCAGCGAAGGAUACCUCAACAUGCAAACUGACACGCUUGUCCUCCGAUACCAAGUACGCUCACCCACCUUCUUCCAGAAGUGCAGAGACCAGUACUGGUAUAUCAGCCAGCUGGAAUCGGCACAGUCCAGUUACAUUCAGCAGAUCAACAACCUCAAAGAGAGGCUGGCCAUUGAGCUGUUUUGCGGGCAGACAUCCUGCAGCUCCUCUCCUCGUGACCUGAGACUGGGAACAGGCCCCUUGGCCUCUGAAAGAGACAACCGGGCGGGAAAGAGUGAGGAGGGCAUACAGAGCACAUUGACAGAUGCCAAAGAAGGCGAGGAGGAAGACAAAACCCAGCAUGAUGACUCAAAUGAGCUCUCAGAUGGGGACCUGGAGGUAGACUGUCUAACUGAAGAGGAGGUCAACCCCCUGGAUGGCAGCAGCACCUCAGGCAGUUCUACAGCCACCAGCAACACUGAGGAGAACGAUAUUGAUGAGGAGACCAUGUCUGGUGAGAAUGAUGUUGAAUUCAGCCGGACCCUGGAGACAGAAGAGGGAGAGCUUCCUGAUGACAUGGCUGGGGCCACAGGUGGUUCAAACCCUAGCACUUGCUCCACAUCUCGAAGUGCUGCUGCUGCUGCUACCCGUGGUGCUGGUGGCACUAACAGCCUCUUGGAGAUUGACCCGGUCAUCUUGAUCCAGCUCCUGGACCUGAAGGAACGCAACAGUGUGGAGUCACUGUGGGGACUGCAGCCACGGCCCCCUGUCUCCCUCCUACACAGCCAAGCACACAACCACUCAAGGAAGGAGCGAGAGCGGCGGCCUCAGGUGGUGCGACGGUCGGCACCAGAUUCCAGGGUCUUAUUUCGUCUCAAGGCCCAGAUGGCUGAGGUGCGCAGCAAGAUGUCGGAUGUCAAGUGUCAUGUACUGGAGGCACGAGUAGCUGGAGCUGGAGAGCCCAGGGCUGGGCCGUCAAGGGCUUUUGGUGCACAGGAGGGGCUCUUCUCCCAUCCUCACUCAGAGCUGGAAGCAUGCCGCAAGCUUGGUGAGCUAGAAAUGCUAGGGAAAGGAGCUGCAACCCACUCCAGGCACUCCCGACCUGCCAAGAAGACUCUUAGCCCCAUACUGGAAGGCAAUAGCCCUUUGGUCUUGAGAAGAAGGAGCAUAGAGGGGCUGGACAAGGAUCUGAGGGGGAGAGGCCAGAGUGAGGGAGAGGCUACCAUGGAUCUCUGUCUGAGAGAUGGCCUUGUUGGAGCAGAGGGAGCCAUGAAGGCUGAUAACACCCAUAGCUCCCUUCAACCCCUGAGCAGCUCCUCCUCUGACAAAUCCUGCAACUCAAAGCAGCAGCUUGAAGAGCCACCACAGCUCUAUGGUGUGUUGGCACCAGUUUCUGACCUUUAUUGCCCGGGGGGCUCCAAUGGCAGCACUGCCACCAAGAGCUGUAGCACCAGGAUGCAGGGGGCAGGUGUGCUGACUGACAGUAGUCUGGAGGGUGACUCAGAAGUCUCAGGGAACUCCCAACAGUCCCUGCUGUGCCUGCAAGAGGGACCCUCCUCACACUUGGAUGAAGGCCAGAAGCAGUCUGUCCACCUCCUGCCAGGAAUGAGCAGUGACAGCGAAAUUGACUGUGACACAGAGAAUGAGGAUGAGCUGACUGAAGCAAAUAACUGUUGCUAUGAUACUCAGCCUGCAGGAGAGCAUCUUCUUUCUGAUGACCUUGAUUUCACCAAUGGAGAAAACACUGAGAGGUGAUUUCUCUGCCCUCCCUAACAUGGCAACUGGCACGCCAGUCAGACACGACAACCUGCUGCUGUCUUCUUAUUGGUGACAACAACAUGGCCGCCAGAGAGCAACAGGAAAGUCAUUUGGAUAACCAGUAGCAUAACUUAGCAUAGGUUUUGCAUGUGGCAAUUCUUGGAAAUAGAAAUGAAGAAAUUCAACAUAUUAUCAUCAUUCUAAGGUUCGCAUUGACUUGAAUCGAGUUUAAGCACUGAUCUUUUAUUCAUUAGUAAGUGAAUUUGAAAGGCAGGAGGUUGUGCUGUUUUUGCAAGACAUGGAUUCAAGUGUUUUGCCCAGCUAUGUACAUAGAUGUUUAUUCACUUUUCUGUAGUCUUAUGAUUGUUGAUAUUCCAAUACUUUGUUUGUUAUAUGCUUUUGGCAUUCAAAUGAAAACUGAGUAGACCUUAAUGAGUAUGGAAUUACUCAUCAACAGGUGGCAGGACAAUGAGCCAGACUGCCUAACAUUAACCCUCGACAAAAGGUGCUCUUUAUUUUGUGAGGAAAGAAUAACACAUCUGUAAUACAGACUGCAUUUAUUUUUGAACAUUUCAGCCUUGGUGACACUUCAUUAUGUCCACCCUUCAGACUGAAAGAGAAGAAAGGCGUUAACAGUUUUUGCCCCUAUGGGAUGUUUUUUUUAUCUAAUGUGAACCAUUCUAAGAGGUAGAUUAAACUUGAUUGCGUGAUUUUUUUUUCUAUCAUUCAUUUAGUGAGGAAAAAAAAUCAUGAACGCUAAAUGAUUGUGAAUGCGACGAGUCACAUGAGAAAUUACAUGUUCUGUAAAGGAGAUGUUUUUGUCUGAAAUGUAAGCCCCCCCCCCCCCCAAACACCAAUGGUGACUACAUUUGUUUGUGACCAAGAUAAACAUUCCAGCUGAACCUGGUUUGAGAUUUGCUGAUUCAGAUCAACUCGAGAGUGGAUUGUUGUGGACAGGGCCAUCCCUCCUUUGUACAAUCAUAUUGAGGCAAUCCAUUCUGUCCCUCUUUAUAAGCUCUAAAUAGAUCUGUAUCCCUGACACAUCUAGUUUGUUUUCUUUAUGAAGGUCAUCUUCUUGGCCUCUACAGCAGUGGACGCUACCUUUUCUGUCUUUGAAUAUGACACUCCUCUGCCCGUUAAUUUUCCACAUUAGGAGAUCUCAACCCUUUUUAAAGGGAACCAUUUAUUGUUUUCUUUAUAUCUCUUCUUAGGGCAUUGUCUUCCUUUGUGGUGGAUCCGUUAAUGACUGCAAUCUAGUGACAGCUAAUGGCAAGGACAUGAAGAAAUGAUAGUUGCAGCUUUUAGAAUGUCCAUAAGUUUACAUUGUAAAUCAUUUGAUACAUCAGUUGUAGGAGCUUGCUGCAAAGGGAUCAACGAGGCAUUUUUCACUGAUAUGCCUUUUGCUUAAAACUGCAUGGCUCCAAUGGCUUGAGGCAGGCAGAGGCGGCAUUGUGUGGAACAUCUCUGACCCUUGUAAGGGUGUUUUUGUAUAGUUGCAAGGCAUAUCCUAAUAUGGUCUCAGUGAAUCGGCAUUAUCCAUAUAUUCAUUCCUUCUGUCUCACAAACAUUUCUGUUACUUUUGACACUGUACACGAGCAUGGUUUUGGUAAUACAGGGAAGGCUGUUGUUAGUUGUUCAUCCCGUCUGUUAUUUGUGCCAGUGCCAUCCUGCAAGUUUGCUUUCUUUUGUAUCUUCCCAGAAAGUACACUGGACUUUAUUUGGUUUGUAAUAAUAAUAAUAAUUAAAACUUGAGUUCAUUUUGUGUAACUAACAGUUGUCAAAUAAAAUAUUUUAUGGUCUCCUAAAGCCUCACUUUCUAA